AGGGCUGCACCGGUCGCGGGGCACGCCGGGAUUCCGGGUCGACGCAGGAGGCUCCGCUGGGCCACGUUGCGCUCAAAUCACCGAUGGCAUCGGUCGUAGUCGCGCGGUUUGUCUGAAGCAACAACGAAAGGUUGCCGCCUUGAUAACUCCAAGUCGCAUCAUUACCAAUCGCACGCUUGAGCCGUGGUAGUCAUCAUGGACCAGGCGCAGCUGCAGCGCUGCGUGGAGCACCAUGGUCCCACGCUGCUCGCGAUGCUCCAGGCGGAGCAGGAUGAGAACCUGGAUGUCGCUGCGAUCACUGCCCCCGAGGCCCGACUGAGUUCCCCUCCGGACUCCCUGAGCCUCCGCAUUCAGCACUUCAUAGCUAAGAAAGCCGACCUGCUCUUCGCCAAAGGGUGGAAGUCCCGCGAAGGGAGCGGUCUUACGCGCCAGGAUGAGAGGAGAGAGUAUGUGGCGGUGCCGCCGCCGCUGGAGCAGCUGAUGUGCGUGCGGAGCGGGGUGGCGCGCGCCCAGUUCUUCUCCGACGUGGAGCCGCAGGACCUGCUCAUCGGCCGCGUCACCGCCGUCAAAGAGUUUGGCUUUUUCGUGAACCUUGUGUGCUUCGACUGCGGAAAGACACGUGACAUCGAGCAACUCAACAUCACGGCUCUGUGUCCGGCGAGGGAGAUCCCGACACAGGGCCGCUACCACCAGGACCCGUUUGCGUACUACCACCCCGGGGACCUUAUUAGAGCGGUGAUGAAGGACGUGGACGAGGAGCAGGAGAGACUGACCAUCUCCGUGCAGACGUCCGCCCUGCCCGAACAUGUGGCCCACGUCAAACUGGGCGUCAUCAACGCCGAGCAGAUGCCCCCGCACUACAGGUGCGUGCUGGCGGUGUCUGGGGACGACACGCUGACGUACGAAGAUGCGCUGCGCAACUCGGUGGCCUUCUCCAACCCGGCGUGCGUGGAGUUCCUCAUGUCGCGCCUGGGCGUCAGCGAGAGCCACCCGCCCUCGCUACUGCGUGGGCUGCAGAGCUCCGACUUCUCGGCGGAGGAUUUUGCGCCGGUGCUGAGACAGAAGCAGUCGACUGCAUGGGCUCUGAAGUGUGUGAAGAGCGGCGUUGAUCACUUCAAGUCGGGGCAGCCGGUGGAAGCGAUGAACGCGUACAACCGCGCUCUCGAGAUGGACCCCACCAACGUGGAGGCCCUGGUGGCGCGCGGCGCGCUGUUCGCCAGCAAGGGCAGCCUGACCAAGGCCAUGGAGGACCUGGAGGCGGCGCUGGAGGCCUCUCCGACGCACCGAAACGCGCGCAAGUACCUGGGACAGACGCUCUGGCAGCGUGGGCAGCAGGUGUUUGCCGAGGGGCAGCUGCUGAGCGCCGAGUCACUGUACCAGCGCGCGCUGGAGCUGGUGCCGGAGCUGGGCCCGGCUCACGACGGCCUCAGGGCCGUGAGAGCCAAGCUGCAGGAGCGGGAGGCGGAGGUGAAACUGGAGGAGAAGAAGCGGCAACAGAAGGAGGACUGUCGCCCGGGAAGCGACGAGUGCGGACAAGCUGCGGCAGCUGCUCCAUGACGAGAAGAGAACGCAGAAGAAACGCAGGCGAACGCCCUCGGAGUCUUCAUCCGUCAUCACGGUCUCCUCCACCGACUCUUCCGAGUCUUCGCACUCCUCCUCUGGUGGCGGCGGAGGCGGCUCUCGAAAGCACAAGCGCAGCGGGAAGAAGCGUGUCAAGAAGAAGCCGUCCAAGUCGAAG